AUGACUACGCCGGCGAAGCUAUACGGACGAGAGCUGUCUGCCUACGACGAGGUGGAUGUAGACGAACUGCUCUCUAAGUUGUCACAGGAAGAACUCACCAUGUUGGCCAAAGAAGUUGAUCCUGAUGACAACUUUCUCCCUCCAUCGCAAAGGAAUAACUAUGCGUGCGAAAAGGACCCCACCGGCCCUCUAAACCGCAAGAAGCUGAUCGAGCACAUAAACAAACAAGCACUGGAGACCCCAGACCGGCCAGAGGUCAAGCCUUACGUGCCGGGAGUAAUACGUGGCAAGAAGUGGAUUCCCCCGCCCCCGACGGAGAAAGUUCGAGACGCGGAGGAGCAAAUCACCAUCGACCUCGGCGAUGAGUACGAGCAAGCGCUGACGUCAGCUACACAAGAGGAGAUCAUAGAUCUGGCUGCUAUCCUGGGCUUCCACUCGAUGAUGAACCAGGACCAAUACCACGCCUCGUUGCUGAACAAAGGGCAGCCGGUCGGCCUAGGAUGGGACGGCAUCACCAAAGCCACCAAACAAAAGGUGUACCCGAUGGACCCCCCUAACGACACAGACCCGGAGGAGACCAUCAAGAGGGUACAGGAGAACGACCAGAAGCUCACCGAUCUCAAUUGGAAUAACAUUAAGAACAUAAGCGACGAGAAAUUCGAGAAGCUGUUCGAGGGCCUGAAGACGAACACCCACCUGGAGGUGCUGUCGCUGGUGAACGUGGGGCUGAACGACCGCACCGCGCAGCUGCUCGCGGACGCGCUGCGGGCGAACAGCACCCUCAGGGUGGUGAACGUGGAGACCAACUUCAUCAGCCCCGGCGGCGUGGUGCAGCUGGUGGCCGCGCUGCUCGCCACCACCAGCGUCGAGGAGUUCCGCGCCUCCAACCAGCGGUCGCAAGUGCUGGGCAACAAGAUCGAGAUGGAGAUCACGUCGCUGGUGGAGCAGAACCCGACGCUGCUGCGGCUCGGGCUGCACCUCGAGUACAGCGACGCCCGGCACCGCGUCGCCAGCCACCUGCAGCGCAACAUCGACAGAAGUGAGCCAACCGUCACAAAUGUCUCCUCCGUCUACUCCCGCCUCCCACCCACCACUUCUACCGGCCGCUCAAACUACUACUAUAGACCGCCGCAUCCACAUAUAUCUCUACCCGUAGCUCCCUCCUUUAAAAACCACUCUACCGCUAUUCCCUUAGACUUUCUCCUCCCCUCGAAAUUUCCCCACCACAUCUCCCAACCACUAAAGCUAGUCCGU